AUGGCCGGAAUCCUCUUUGCCGUUGCUUCCGUUGAGAAAGAGAUUCUUGCGAAUGCAACCUUCGAAGCCGCUACAGAGAAACUCUCCAGGCACCGACUCGCAAUUUCGCCACAUCUCUCAAAAGAGCCAGGCGAUCUCCACGCGUUUGGAUACAACCACAACUCUCUCCGAGGAUUGAGAGGUGCGAUGAUCCAUAGCCAACAGGAGGUAUCCAAGCUUAUGCCUUAUACGCGGCAUGAUUAG